UCAUAAGAACGUCUCCAUUUUCUCCUCGAGAAGAACGGCCAGUUCAGCUAGCAGCACCAUUUUGGAGAGCCCCGUUCUUGGUGUUGUCUAUUUUUCUAAAAGGGCAAGAUUAAACAAGAACCUCUCUUUUUUUAAGUGAAAUAUUUGCAAAUUAGCUUCGUGUUAUACUUUGUAUCUAAGCAGAAGAAGCAAAGGACAGCCGACACGGUCACACCGUGCUGAGACAGGCUAGCUUUGAAGGCUAAUCUUGGCUGGCUGCGAGGCUUUUCGACCGACGCGACAUUCACAGAGCCUGCAAAAGAAGUCAAAAUGAGCGCAGCCUCCUCACAAAAAGUUGUCCUGAAAAGCACCACCAAGGUGUCCCUGAAUGAGCGCUUCACUAACAUGCUGAAGAACAAGCAACCCACUGCGGUAAGCAUUCGAGCCACCAUGCAGCAGCAACAUCUGGCCAGUGCCCGCAACCGCCGGCUGGCCCAGCAGAUGGAGAACCGGCCUUCAGUGCAGGCUGCUCUGAACCACAAGCAGAGCUUGAAGCAGCGGCUGGGGAAGAGCAACAUCCAGGCGAGGCUGGGCCGGCCGGUGGGUGCCCUGAUGAGAGGAGGACCUGCAGGAGGAAGAGGAGGAAUGCGAGGGAUGACGAGGGGAGGCCUCCGGGGACGAGCCAGAGGAGGAGCAAUGAGGGGGGCGCUGUCUCUGAGAGGGAAGCGGAUGACCACAGGGGGCCCAAUGCGAGGCCGCGGCUCUGCUGGCCGCUUGGCGAUGCGUAGAGGAGGACGCCACCGUGGAGGACCUGUUGGUAGAGGAGGAGUUCUGUCUAGAGGAGCAGCUCGAGGCGGAGUUGCCAGAGGUCGCGGUGGACUGCGUGGUCGUGGAGGUUUUCUUGGUCGUGGUGGUGGUCGCGGUCGUGGGCGGGGCCGAGGUCUUGGCAGACCAACCGUGACCCGCGAGCAACUGGACAACCAGCUGGACGACUACAUGUCGAAGACCAAAGGACACCUGGAUGCUGAACUGGACGCCUACAUGGCCCAGGCGGACCCUGACAGCAUGGAGUGACUCAGAUGGACUCUAAAGCACAAAGAGAGUCACUGCAGAACUUUAUGACUGAACUUACACACAAAGUGACGUGUGAUUUACACCUGAAGUUACGUUCGGAGUUAUGAUUGUGUUCAUAUUUAGAAGACAGAUGCAAAUCCAGCAGGAGGGUGAGGUGUCACCUGAAUGUGCUUGGACCACAGCUCAGUUGUGCAUCAACAUGCUCCUGAAAAUCCCUUGUAGUCUCAAAGAAGGGACCUUUUAAUCAUUAACAGACCUGCUGUCUCCAGAGUCAGAUCAAUUUGGUUCGUUUUUAUAUACGUGACAUAAAAAAGUUCAAACUGUAACAGCAAAAAAAAAAAGUUUUGAGACGUGUCCACUGAUAAUAAUUACACCUUUCAUUUUUUAACCUUUAUUUUAAAUGGAUCGACGCAUUGUUGGGUUAUUUUGUCGGUUUGUCCUGGAAACAUUUGCAUUGAAAGCUUUUCUAAAUUCUUGUGUUCAUAAAAAAGAAUGUAAGAAGAGCCAUGACGCCAGGUUUUCCAUUUGUCUGUUUUGUAUUUAAAAAGAUGUAGUACAGUUUUUUUUCCUCUGUAUCUUCCACCUGUCGGCUCUCUUCUGUAGAGCGCCGUUAUUCUUACCUUGUACCUGAGAGCAUUUGUAUAAAAGAACCGGAAGCAAGUGACAUAGGUUUUAAUUAAAAUGGAAGUGAUGAUUUCCCAAA